CCGAAGCCCGUCAUUUGACGUAAUCUGAAGGCGCGCGCGAAACUCUCCGCAUGUGACUAACCUCUUCACGGUGUAACAUACCCGGUGUUGUGCUUGGUAGUACGAAGAUGACAGCGCUGUUACAGCAUCCAGGAUAUGAGGAGGAGAGGCUGCAGAGGGUCGCAGAGCAGCUGCCCUGCAGAGAGGUCCAGGCGGGGAUGCUACUGUCGCUCAUGGGGCAGCCACAGCAGUACAGCUAUCCCUCGAUCUUCAUCUAUGGUCAUCGAGCUUCAGGGAAGAGUCAUGUGAUGCAAGUUUUGCUGAAGGAACUUGAGCUGCCUCACACCACAGUCAGCUGUGUCGAGUGUGUCUCUGUUGCGUUGCUGUUUGAACAAGUGCUGCUGUCCUUCUUUGGCUGCGAUGCUGCCUCGCUGCUCCCCCGCAGUCCCUCCCUGUCUGACUUUGUACGCAUCUACAGACAGCAGUGCUCCCAGUCUCCUGCCAAGCAGACGCGAUACAUUGUAAUGGAAAAAGCCGAGCUUCUGAGAGACACUGAUGCCAAUCUCCUCCCUGCUCUCCUGCGUCUUCAGGAAUUGGUUGAGGACAAUGUUACUAUCAUCCUGCUCAGUGAAAUCGUCUGGGACCAGUAUAGGCCAAACACCGGCUGUUUCGAGCCCCUUCUGCUCCAUUUCCCAGACUACAGUAAAGGUGAGCUGCAGCAGAUUUUGUCUCAGGACAGACAUCCGUCAUAUUCGGCUGAGUUUUACUCCUCCUACAUCAACAUCCUGCUGGGAGUCUUUUACUCGGUCUGCCGGGACCUCAGAGAGCUGCGACACCUGGCUGCCCUCAACUUCUCAAAGUUCUGUGAGCCGUUGGCAGAAGGAAACGUGAAAGAGACUGACACACACAAGCUGUGGAGAAACAUUGAGCCUCAUUUGAAAAAAGCCAUGCGGACUGUUUACCUGCGAGAAGUGUCGAGUGUUCAGUGGGAGCAGAUGCAGCAAAUGGAGGAGAAGGAGACCGGAGCCUUGAGAGGUUUAUCUGCUCACACUCAUGUUGAGCUGCCUUAUUACUCCAAGUUCCUGUUGAUUGCUGCCUACCUGGCAUCCUACAACCCUGCCCGCACAGAUAAACGCUUCUUUCUAAAGCACCACGGUAAAAUAAGAAAAACUAAUUUCUUGAAGAAAAAUGAAAAGACAAGUAACCAUCUUCUGGGGCCAAAACCCUUCCCUCUGGAUCGCCUGCUUGCCAUUUUCUACAGCGUGGUGGACAGCAGAGUCGCUCCUACUGCCAGCAUCUUCUCCCAGAUCUCCUCCCUGGUGACCUUACAGCUGUUGACCCAGGUCAGUCAUGACGACCAGCUCGAUGCCCCAAAGUACAAAUGUGCCGUGUCUAUGGACUUCAUCUGUGCUAUAUCCAGAACGGUGAAUUUUGAAAUUAUCAAGUACCUGUACGACUUCCUGUGAGCCUGCUGUGAACAAAGGAGAGAUGACACGGUGACAGUAACACAAAAGGGGGAUUUAUACACUUAAGGACCAGCGUUUGGCAAACUGAGGAGCUCAGACUAUUGUUUGCAAUUUUGUGGUGGAAAAUUAAUCCAAUUAUGUUGCUGCCCCCUUGUGUUUUAAAGUCUUUGUGCCUCAGAAUGUGAAAAAUACAGGACUGUUCAUGUUAAAUAUUUGAAUUUGUAUAAAUUACAUGCCAUAAGUUUGUGUUAUUAAAAGAAAAUUUUCAGAUAA